AGAUUUCCCCCAACAAACGGCCUUGGCUUUUCUUUCAUCUCAUCUAUCAACUUAUUUUAAUUCUUUCUUCUCGUGAUAACAACUCUUUUCUCUCUCUCUCUUUCUUGAUCAUAGCAACAAUCUUUGUAUUAUUAAUUUAAUUAAUGCAAUGGCAAUAGACUGUAGCAUAACAAGCAUGCCUCAACCACCAAACCAAGAAACCAAAGAACUUGUUUUUGAUGCAUCACUUCUCAAAAACCAAGUAAAUCUACCAACACAAUUCAUUUGGCCUGAUGAAGAAAAAGCUUGUUUAGAUGUUCCUGAACUUGUUGUACCAUUCAUUGACUUGACAGGAUUUCUCUCAGGUGAUCCUGUUGCAGCAAUGGAAGCAUCAAAACUUGUUGGUGAAGCAUGUCAAAAACAUGGUUUUUUUCUUGUUGUUAAUCAUGGAAUUGACAAAAAGUUAAUAUCUGAUGCUCAUUUUUUUAUGGAUGAAUUUUUUGAGCUUCCCCUGUUUCAGAAACAGAGAGCUCAGAGGAAAACAGGGGAACACUGUGGUUAUGCUAGUAGUUUCACUGGUAGAUUCUCUUCCAAACUUCCUUGGAAAGAGACACUUUCUUUUCAAUUCUCAGCUGAUCAAAAAUCACCCAAUCUUGUUAGAGAUUAUUUGUGCAAUACAAUGGGAAAUGAAUUUGAGCAAUUUGGGAAGGUUUAUCAAGACUAUUGCAAAGCUAUGAGCAAUCUUUCUUUAGGUAUAAUGGAGCUUUUAGGAAUGAGUCUUGGAGUUGGUAAAGCCUAUUUUAGGGAAUUUUUUGAAAAAAAUAGUUCAAUAAUGAGGCUCAAUUACUAUCCUCCUUGUCAAAAACCUGAGCUCACUCUAGGUACUGGACCUCAUUGUGAUCCAACAUCUUUAACAAUUCUUCAUCAAGACCAAGUAGGUGGCUUACAAGUUUAUGUUGACAAUCAAUGGCAAUCCAUUAGUCCACAUUUCGAUGCCUUUGUUGUCAAUAUUGGUGAUACAUUCAUGGCCCUUUCAAAUGGGAGAUACAAGAGUUGUUUGCAUAGGGCAGUGGUGAACAGCAAAAAGACAAGAAAAUCCCUUGCUUUCUUUUUGUGUCCCUUAAGUGAUAAGGUGGUAAGUCCACCAUGUGAAUUGGUGGACAAUAGUAACCCAAGGAUCUACCCUGAUUUCACAUGGCCUAUGUUGCUUGAGUUUACUCAAAAACACUAUAGAGCUGAUAUCAAAACCCUUGAAGCAUUUGCCAACUGGCUUCAAUGUAAAAGCACAUGAAGAGCAUGAUUUAUUGGUCUAAACAAAAAUGGACACUCAUGUCAUGUGGAAAGGUUAUUAUUUGAGGGAGUGAAAUUGUAAGAUGAAGGAAAAGACAAAGAGUGAGGGAGGGAGUUAAUUAGUUUCUUCAUAUUUUGUGUAUGGUAACACUAUUGAAAUUGAAUGAUGAAGGAACACAACAGGGAAGUUAAAAUAUUUCUAAGGAAUUAUUAUGCAAGGUUAUUCUGUAAUUUUCAUUUGAUGAUAUAUUAUAUAGAAGGGCUCUUCAUCAAAGAAACUUUUCUCGAAUGAAAAUUUAAUUUUUCAAAGGCUUUUGAGCUCUUUGACUAAGGACGUCUAGUAGCAGCAGUGCCACUGAUCAAUGAUUGCAUUAUAUUAUGAGAAAGUUAAGAAUUCACUAGUGA